AUGGAUUUGGCUCCGACCGGGAAGGAGUCCCAGUCGGAUAAAAUGGAUACAACCGGAACGGAGGACGACGAUUCUACUACGAACGAUGUUUCCGGAUCUGACAACGUCUAUCCCACCCCUUCCAGCAUGUCAACUUACACCGCCCCUACUGCGACCAGGGCCCAUUCCAAGGCCCAGCCUUCUACCACAUCUGAGCGACCCUCCUACGAUGACCAGGUCGCGAAAGUAACGUGUUUCAUGAUGCAACCCCUCAAGGAAGGACAGAAGGGGUAUGUGGUGUCAAUGGCAUGGCUAAAGCGGGUGCUCUCUAGGAGCUCAACGCAUGCAGACAAAACGGACAAGACUGCCACAGAAGGAGAGGUUGGUCCGGUGGACAACUCUGACUUGGUUCUAGUUACCGAUCCUGCGAAUGCGUCCUUCAAGGACGAAAAGGGAGAGCCCUUCGUACCCUUACGCCCAGGCUUGCAGAUGAGCGAAGACUUCGAGAUUGUUCCUCAAGAAGGAUGGGAUCUGAUUAUGCAAUGGUACGGCUUGGCGGACCAGUCACCAGCCAUUGUUCGCUACGCCCAUAACACCAGCAUUGGCGGGGAGUCCGAGAAUAUCCAGUAUGAGAUUAAUCCGCCAAUUUUCACGAUCCUGAAACUGUCCAGCCUGUCCGGGGGCACUACCCCUCAGUCCCUGAAGGAGAAAAACAUGAAGCCCGUACGGAUUUUAGCUAGCAGGCAUUCUAACUUCCAGAAGUGGCUGAAGGAAGCUAAAACACUGGCCAACAUCGAUAUGUCAACCAAGGUCCGUGUGUGGAGAAUCUUGGGCGGUUUGGGCAGUGCGACAGCAUCCGCCGCAAUGACCCCAGCUGCAUCGCGAAGCGCUUCACCGGCGCCUGCAGCCUCAAUUGUCGCUAACGCCGGUAACAAUCUCGUGAUCGAUCUUAAUACGUUCCUCUCGCUUUCUGAGGGUGCCCAACGGGAGUUGUUUGAGGACGCUAAAGAUCAGACCGCCAACCCAAAUUACAACGGUCGGAUGACGUUGGAUCUUGCUGGACUCGGCGGCAGCGAUGUCGUGGUGCUCGAGGAACGUAUACCUGGUGGGGAGUGGGUCUCUGAGGCGUCCAAGCAGACACUUAAUCGCCUUGGUGUUCCCUCGGGUAGUCUCAAGAAUGGCGCUUCGUCUAAGCUGAAGAACAAGAGCCCUACCGCCAGUGGCCGAUCGUCUCCGGUACCAGAGCCAGUUAGGGGACGACGGAAAGACGGGAAGCCUCGCGGCUGCACGGGUCUAAGCAAUCUUGGAAAUACGUGCUACAUGAACUCUGCCCUGCAGUGCGUACGAAGCGUUGAGGAGCUGACCUAUUACUUCCUAAAUGAUGUGUAUAAGCAGGAUCUCAACCCUAGCAACCCGCUGGCUCACAAUGGUGAUGUAGCGAAGGCGUAUGCCAAUUUGCUACGUAUGAUCUAUGACGAGGCAGGCCAGUCCUCCUUUGCUCCCAGGCAGCUGAAACAUACUAUUGGUCGCUAUGGCCCAGCAUUCUCUGGGUAUGGCCAGCAGGACUCUCAAGAAUUCCUGCUCUUCCUUCUGGACGGGCUCCAGGAGGAUCUGAACAGGAUCCUCAAGAAACCCUACAUCGAGAAGCCCGACUCCACAGACGAAAUGGUUCAUGACAAGGCUGCACUUACCGAGUUCGCGGACAAAUGUUGGGAUAUUUACAAAGCUCGCAACGAUUCCGUCAUUACGGACCUCUUCGCUGGCAUGUACAAGUCGACUCUUGUUUGCCCUGCCUGCGACAAGGUCAGCAUCAUCUUCGACCCAUUCAACAAUCUCACCCUCCAACUCCCCAUCGAGAAUCUCUGGGGUAAAGAGGUAUUCUACUUCGGUCUACAAAAGAAACCAGUUCGGUUUGAUGUAGAAAUCGACAAGAAUUCUAGUGUCAAAUCCUUGAAGGAACUAGUUGCUAAGAAGCAAGGCACCGACCCUGAACGCCUGAUCAUGGCCGAGAUCUUCAAGCGCAAGUUCUACAGAAUGUUUGAUAACACAAGCUUCAUCGCUGAGUGCCAAAUUUCUGGAAAUGAUGAGAUUGCUUUUUUUGAAGUCGAGUCCGUGCCGACUAAUUACAACCCGGACAAGCCUCAGAAGAGUUACUUUUCCUUCAGCAGGUCGGAUCAGGAGGAGAUCCCAAGUAUUGACUCUCCUAAGGCUGAUCGCAUUUUGGUGCCCAUUUUCAACCGUGUGGAACGGUCAAAGUCAAAGCGGGACCUUUUUGGUGUGCCCUCGUACAUCGUUGUCACUCGGGAGGAGGCUUAUGACUUCGAUGCCAUCUAUGGUAAGGUGCUUGGUAGGGCGGCCACGAUGACCACCCGUGACUUCCUGAAUGAGGAAGUUCUCGGAGAGGAGCAGCAAGAGGCGACACAGGAAGAUUCGGAUACUGUUGUUAUGAACGAUGACGACGCCCAGUCCGCCGAUUCCAAGAUCAAGACAUCUUCCGUGGACGGCGAAGAUGGUAUGGUAGAUGUGUCCAUGCGCGAUGCAGACUCCGCCUCCCAGAAUGGUGCUCCUCUCUCUGGAAGCUCGAUUCCAGCUCGCUUCCGAGACCUGUUCGAAUUGAAGAUCAUGAAGGGUAACGAGCCAGUGCCUCUCGGUUGGUCUUCGGUGGAAGACAAUAAAGAGUACCCCAAGAUGUCGUUCCGUAUAAAGACAAAGCCAGUCACUCCACCAGAGGAGUCUGACGAGACAUCCGACCCGGCAGAUUCAAAGGCUGCUGAGAGUGGAUCAGCUUCAGGUAGUGAUGCCGAUAACUCUGCAGAAGUCUCUCGCACCCCGGCUCCAGUUGCUAGAGUUCAGAUUCGGCCCCUGGUUCGACCAGGAGAGGGACUUGUUGUGGACUGGAAUGAAGAUGUGUACGACGCUCUUUUUGGCGGUAGUAAGAAAGACCGUGAUCCCCUCCGCGGUAUCCCAACAUGGCAGGACGUUGAGCGGGUGAAUGACCCCGAACUGAAUAAGCGCCGUCAACUCCGCCAAACUCGCAAGAAGAGGGGUGUCAGCCUUGAGGAGUGUCUGGACGAAUUCAACAAGGAGGAAAUACUUUCCGAAAAUGAUGCUUGGUACUGUCCACGCUGCAAGGAGCACCGCCGAGCUAGCAAGAAGUUCCAACUAUGGAGGACACCUGAUAUCCUCGUCAUGCACCUCAAGAGAUUCAGUGCCAGCCGCGGUUUCCGGGAUAAGUUGGAUGUGCUCGUUGACUUCCCUGUGGAAGGCCUCGAUAUGAGUGGCAGAGUGGAAGCUCCGGAAGAGGGUAAGAGCUUGGUCUAUGACCUUUUCGCGGUUGACAACCACUACGGUGGUCUUGGUGGUGGUCACUAUACUGCAUAUGCCAAGAACUUUUUUACUGGCCAGUGGAACGAGUACAAUGACUCAAGUGUCUCACGACCUAUUGACCCCCAAAGUGUGGUCACCUCGGCUGCCUACCUCCUCUUCUACCGCCGCCGGUCCGAUCGUCCGCUCGGUGGAUUACUGUGA